AUGGAUAUGUUGGUUUCUAUCUCAGUAGAGCUGGAGAGCGAGCUGAGAUGUAGCUAUCAGAAUAUCCAUUUAAAUUGGCGCACGCAGAGGUAUUUCAUGGAAGCCAACCGCAAUGCCGUCACAUGCCACCAUGAGCUGGCGCUGCUCUCUCACGAAACCUUUGAGAAGGCCAGCCUGAGUAGCAGCAGCAGCGGGGCCGCUAGCCUGAAAAGUGAACUAUCAGAAAGUGCAGACCUGACCCCCGAAGGCUUCCAGGCUCCCUGCGGGAAGGAUGAAGACAGGGCCUGUGACGAAAUCUUGUCAGAUGAUAACUUCAACCUGGAAAAUAUUGAGAAAGAUAUCUAUUCCGAGCUAGAGGAUGAAUUGGACAUUUCGGAUAACUGCAGCAGCUCCAGUUCCAGCCCUCUGAAAGAGUCCACAUUCAGCAUUUUAAAAAGAAGUUUUAGUGCUUCAGGAGGAGAAAGACAAUCGCAAACAAGGGACUUCACUGGUGGAAUAGGAUCAAGACCAAGACCAGCAUCGGCGGGGAUCGCUGUGUCCCAGAGGAAAGUGCGUCAGAUCAGUGAUCCUAUUCAGCAGAUCUUAAUUCAGCUCCACAAAAUCAUCUACAUCACGCAGCUUCCUCCAGCUUUGCACCACAAUUUGAAAAGGCGGGUCAUAGAGAGAUUCAAGAAAUCCCUCUUCAGUCAACAGAGUAACCCUUGCAAUUUGAAAUCUGAAAUUAAAAAGUUAUCACAAGGAUCUCCAGAACCGAUUGAGCCCAGUUUUUUCACCACAGAUUAUCAUUUGCUGCGUCAUUCAUCUUGUGGGAACAGCCUGUCCCCAAAUGACCCCACAGGUCUAGCCACCAGCUUUGAUUUGGAGGAAGGGAUAACGUAUGAACAGAUGCAGACUGUGAUUGAAGAAGUCCUAGAAGAAAGCGGUUAUUAUAAUUUUAUAUCUAACAGGUAUCACUCUUAUCCCUGGGGCACCAAGUCUCACCCAACCAAAAGAUGAAAAGACUGCAUUUGGAAUGGAGUUGGUUUUCCCAGUUCAAGUUCAAGUUCCGGACCUCAGCCAGUUACACCCAAGAAUUGGGUGGUGCUGCUAGAAGAAUGUGGAAGAGAAAAGACCAAGAUGCCAUGUUGCCUACCGGGCCUCUUCCUGGAGGUUGGGAGCUGAGCUCUGUGACAACUUGCACUGCUUGCAGGUUUCGUUCCUAGGCUGUGUUCUGCACAAAAUGACAGGUCUCUCAGCGUGCUCCUGGGAGAAAACUCUGCAAGGUUCAUCUCUGGGAAGAAAGCCUGAUCCUCACAGAACUCUUCUGCCAGUUAAAAACUACAUCUCUGUCACGUUUUUUAAAGGAAUAUUUUAUACUUAGGUUGCUGAAACUGUGCUUGAAGACAUAUUGCCCUUCAUGUAUAAAAUUAAUUUUAGGUAGAGAAAAUUAUA